UAAAAUUCUAUAAAAAUCAGUUCCAUUUUGUAUUACUGAAGAUCAACAGGGAGUUCAAAGAUGAAGCAAAUUCUGAUACUUUUUAUUUUUCUAGCUGGAGCCUACACCAUCCCAUUGGAUCAAGUAAAUCCACGAUGGAGUCUCUUUUCUAAUACAAACGGCCGAAUGCAAGUUGUUGACGCAAAUCCUUUACAAGUAGAUUCAGAACCUUUUUUCAAUCCAUCAACAGACAUUCAAUACCAUUUAUUUACAAGACAUAAUCCAACAACAUCACAGAGACUUACUUCCGAUAUAAAUACAGUUCUAAACUCUAACUGGAAUCCCAACAAUCCAACUAGAUUUAUUAUCCAUGGAGUUGAUUCAGACAGUAACUCGCUAGUCAGCACACUCUGCAGAGAUCAAUUCCUAGCUAAUGGUGACCAUAAUGUCAUUGUUAUAGAUUGGAGUGCUGGCUCAAAUACAUUUGUGUAUGCAACAGCUAGAAAUCGCGUUGGAGUCACUGGAGGAACAAUUUCUAUAUUUAUUGAUAAUUUACAUCGAAAUGGACUGAUUACAAUUGAAAAUAUAAUUGUUGUUGGAUUCAAUCUUGGUGCUCAUGUUGCUGGUAAUCUUGGAAAGCAAGUAACUCGUGGACGUGUUGGUGCUAUUUUUGGAUUGGAUCCAAUUGCCAACCUCUUUAGCGCUGGCGACACUGACCGUUUGGCAGUAAAUGAUGCAUCAUACACAGAAGGAAUUCAUACAAAUGCAGGAGGAAAUGGCUUCGCAGAACCACUGGCAAGAGCAACUUUCUAUCCAAACUGGGGCUCAUCACAACCUGGAUGUGGAAUUGACAUUACUGGAAACUGUGCACAUGAACGUGCGGUUCAUCUGUAUGCUGAGUCAAUUACAAGCAACAGAUUUAUUGGACGUCAGUGUUCUGGUUAUCAGCAAAUUCUUACACAAAAUUGUCCUGGAAUUGGAUCUGGAACAAUGGGUGGAGAUGCUGUAAAAACACUUUCUGGAGUUUUCUUUAUUGCUACAAAUUCAGUUCAACCAUUUGCACAAAAUUAAGAUUUUUACUCAAUUUAAUAAAAAACCAUGAUAAGUUAAAGUGGAUUUUAAUUUAAUUCCUUUUUUUCAUUGAAAAACUUUUCUUUUAUUGAUAAGAUCGAAAAACAUUUGCUGACAGGUAAAUCCAAGCGGAAUUCUGAUAACCUUUUUUAGACUUUGGGAAAUUCCCAAGUUUUUAAAUCGAUAAAGUAUUUUUCUGUUUACUUUUUUUUUCUAUUUGAGGUUUUUGGUAUGAGCCACGCCCACAUCAGAUUUCUCGUUUGGCACAAAGAGAGUAUGUCACGUUUGAGAUAAUCUUGCAAGUUUCAAGAUAGUCUCUUCGACUUUCAUUAUAGUCAACUCAAUCAAAAUUAAGUAUUUUAUCAAGCAGGUGAUUUCUUUAAUUCAUAGGUUUUCCCAAUAACAUUUAUGUUUAUUUACCACAGCCUGCAAACAAGGGCGUACCUAUCAACACCAAGAAUCAUCGAUAAAAAUAUCAUUUUGAGGAUCACUAACGAAAAAGCGGAAAGUAAAGUUUAUUCAGCACUGCAGUACUAUGAAAACACUGAAAUUGAGAUCCUUCUAGAAGUCAAAUCUUGGCUCAUCGGAAUGUAUGGGCUCAAUGUUUUAGAUACCAUAACGCUGAAUCAUCAAGCUCAGUACACAAUGUCAUAUCAAACGACCUAUUCACCAAUGGGAGAGAUGUCAACUCUCUAUUGAACAGACUCGGUCCCCGAGCAUCUUAAUUUUUGGAUUUACCUGCUCGGACAUCUAUCGCUAUCUUUUUUUUUUUUUGUUAUCUUUGAUGAAGCUAUACUCAGUUAAUAUAAUAAGUCGAUUGAAAUGAAAAAAAGCUAGAAUUUAAUUUAAGAGGUUCAAAAAAAUUUUCGUUGCUGCACGCUUAAUCCUUCUAUAUACCACGUAAAAGUUAUCAUUUUAAAAAUAAACUCAAACAUUUCUG